AUGGGGAGGCAGCUAUCAAAGUUGGGACUUGAUCCAACUGAGGCAAUUAACCGAGCUCGAAGCAGAUCUGUCUCAACCAGGGGCCGGAAGAGGGAGAGAUCACUUGACAGGGAUGAUACUGAUGGUGGUCAUGCUAUGGAUGUAGAUACACCCAACAAGAAGCAACGCAUGUUAUCUAGAUCCCGUUCGAGGUCAAGAUCAAGGCCUCCAACUGAAGUUGUCCCUGGAGAGGGAUUCAAGGACUCUGCUCAAAAGGCUAAGGCACUACAAAAGGCCAAUAAAUCUAAUAAGAUGAGAAACAAGAAUGCUCGUCGUGGAGAGGCAGAUAGGGUCAUUCCCACUUUAAAACCAAAGCACUUGUUCUCUGGAAAACGAUCAAUUGGAAAAACUCAAAGGCGUUAA